UAAAAAAAAUAAAUUAGGCCUUUUGAUGUUUGUUUGUUUUUUUUUUCAAGAAAAAAAAAUGAGAUCCUCAUUAUCCAACACAAUUUUCAUUACUCAUCUUUUGAUCUUUAUAACUUUUUGUUUUGAUCAACAUGUUCUUGCUAAAUCUUAUCUAAAUGCUUCUGAAAGACAUUCAAUUUCACUUGAAGCAUUUUCUCUUUUAAAAUGGAAAACAAGUCUUGAAAAUACAAGCCAAACACUCCUUUCCUCUUGGUUAAUUACUAGCAAUAGUACUAAUCCUUGUCAUAAUUGGUGUGGCAUUUCUUGUGAUAAUAUUGGAAGAAUUAAUCAAAUGAAUCUUGCAAAUUAUGGGAUUAGAGGUAAUCUUCACCAUCUAAAUUUCACUUCUUUUCCUCAUCUUCAAUUGAUUAAUUUUUCUUAUAACUCACUCAAUGGUACACUUCCAAAAAACAUGUUCAAUCUUUCAAGAUUAAGUUUCCUCUAUUUGAGUUACAAUCAGUUUGAUGGAGUGAUUCCACAUGAAAUAGGGCUACUGAAGAAUCUCAAACACUUAGACUUGUCGAUAAAUCGUUUUAUUGGCUUUAUCCCUACAUCUAUUGGUAACUUGAUUAAACUUGAGUUGUUAUUUUUAUCUGGUAAUGAACUCUAUGGCCCUGUCCCUUCAAGUUUUGGUAACUUAAAAUCCCUUGUGCAUUUGUGUUUGCUUAGAAAUAAACUCAAUGGAUCACUUCCAAAAGAGUUAGAAAAUCUUACACAUUUGCAAAUUUUUCAAGUAGCAGAGAACAAUUUUUCUGGUCAUUUGCCACAAAAUGUGUGCUUUGGUGGAUCACUUGCUAAAUUCAUAGCAUAUGACAAUAAGUUUAUUGGUCGUGUCCCUCGAACCUUGAAAAAUUGCUCUACACUAUCAAGAGUUAGGCUUGAUGGUAACCAAUUGUCUAGCAAUAUAUCAGAAGCUUUUGGUGUCUAUCCAAGUCUAGUGUACAUGGAUUUGAGUCAUAAUAAACUAUAUGGCGAGUUAUCGUCACAAUGGGGCUUUUCUCAUAAUCUAACAAGUUUGAAGAUCUCCAAUAACAACUUGGUUGGUGCCAUACCAGUUGAGAUAGGAAAUUUGGUCAAACUAAAAAUGCUUGAUCUCUCUUCAAAUCACUUGACUGGCGAAAUUCCUAAAAGUUUAGAGAGGCUAACUCUCUUGCUGGAACUCGAUUUACAUGAGAACAGAAUUUCAGGAGAAAUACCUGUAGAAGUGGGGAAGUUGUCUAAACUUACAAGACUUGACUUGGGUGCGAAUAAUAUGAGUGGAACGAUUCCAGGAGAAAUAGGAGAUUGUAGGCAGCUUUGGUACUUGAACUUAAGCAAGAACAUGCUGAAUACAACUAUUCCUUCUAAUUUAGGAAAUUUGCACUCUCUAGCGUAUCUUGAUCUCAGCUAUAACAUGCUCAGUGGUGAGAUACCGUGGCACAUAGGGAGUUUGAGAAGUUUGGAAAGAAUGAAUCUUUCGCGUAAUAACUUGUCUGGUUCAAUCCCGCCUAGUUUCAAUGAACGUGUUAGUUUGAGGUCAAUCGAUAUAUCUUGCAAUCAAUUAGUUGGUCCCCUUCCCAAGAUCGUGGCAUUUCAAAAUGCAUCGCGUGAAGAAUUAAGAGAUAACAAGGAUUUAUGCAGCAAUAAUCAUACUGGUAUGAGACCUUGCUCUUCAUUGAGGAGAAAAGAGAGAACAAGUAGAAAGCUUAUACUGACCUUAACUCUGUCUCUAAUUGUGGUUGCCUUGCUUCUACUUGUGAUUACUUGUAUACUUUUUCGAACGAAAAGGAAAAGAAAUAGAAGUAUUCAGCCAAGAGAACCAUCAAGCAAUUCUUUUUCAGUUAGGGACUUUGAUGGUAAAAUAGCAUAUGAAAACAUCAUUGCAGCAACAGAAAACUUUGAUGGCAAAUAUUGCAUAGGGAAGGGAGGACAUGGAAGUGUCUAUAAGGUUCAGUUACCAUGUGGUCAAGUUGUUGCAGUGAAAAAAGUUCAUGCUUUAGAAGAUGAAGAAUCUGAUGACAACUUGAUCAAAAGCUUUUCAACAGAGAUACAAGCUCUAGUAAACAUCCGCCAUCGGAAUAUUGUGAAGCUUUAUGGAUUUUGUUCACACGCGCGCCAUUCAUUCUUGGUUUAUGAACUGUUGGAAGGAGGAAACCUGUCACAAAACCUAAGCAAUGAGGAAAGAGCAAGAAAUCUAAAUUGGCUCAAGAGGGUUGAUAUUGUCAAGGGGGUAGCAAACGCGUUGUGUUACUUGCAUCAUGCGUGUUCACCUCCUAUAGUUCAUAGAGAUAUAUCAAGCAACAAUGUUCUCUUAGAUGAUGAAGGCAAUCCCCAUGUUUCUGAUUUUGGUACUGCUAAACUCUUAAGGCCUAACUCCACCAAUUGGACAUCGUUUGCUGGAACUCUUGGCUAUAUAGCUCCAGAGCUUGCUUACACAAUGAAGGUAAAUGAGAAGAGUGAUGUUUACAGCUUCGGGAUUCUAUCACUAGAAGUUAUUAUAGGUCAUCAUCCAGGUGAUAUUAUUCAAGCUACAUUAUCAUCUUCACCAGCAUCAGGAGCGUAUGGAACGCUGUUAAAGGAAUUGAUUGACAAACGGACACUAGCUCCUGGAAAACAAGAAGCAGAAGAAUUAAUGAAGAUCACAAAACUAGCAUUCGCGUGUCUCCAUCAGAGUCCUCUAGCUCGGCCAAGUAUGAAGCAAGUUUGUGCAUCUUUAUCAAAAGAAAAUUGGCCUUCAAAAGGCUUGUUCUCCACUGUUACAUUAGGCCAGUUGCUUGAAUCAACACUACUAACAUGUUGAUUAUUAUUUUUUUUGCAUACCUUUACAUCAUUGUAUUUGUUAGUUGGCGGAUCUUAAAGAAGUUUUUGCAACUUCUU